GAUCGCAACAUAAGUGAUGAACAUGUUGAUAAGUGCAUUGAAGAAAACUUUGCAGUUUGGUUAAAGAAUUAUGUUGACAAUCCUUCAAAUAACGUGACAGAUCCGAAUAUAAGUGCCUUGGCUUGGGGUCCUUUAAGAAUUGUUAAAACCUGGCCAAUUUAUUGUGUGAAUGGCUUCAAGUUUCAUACCAAAACACAUUCAUUUGGAAAGGCUACUAUGAAUUGUGGUGUGUGUGUUACUGGUACAGGUUAUGGUGAAUAUGAAAAUGAUUUCUAUGGUCAACUUGAAGAAAUCAUUCAAGUUGAGUACCCUGGAUUACCAUUGAAAAGAGUUGUCUUGUUCAAAUGUGAUUGGUUUGAUCCUACAAUUAAUAGAGGGACUAGGGUGAAUACACAAUAUGACAUCAUACAGAUUCAUCACAAUAGGCAUUAUAGAAAGUAUGAUCCAUUUAUUAUUGCACAAAAGGCAACUCAAGUGUAUUUUGCCCCACAUCCAAUAAAAACAAGGAACAAUGCAAACUGGUGGUUUAUAAUUAAAACCAAAGCUAGGGGAGUGAUUGAGAAUCAAGAAAUUUGUGACUUUGCAUAUCAAGAGGAUUUUACUUAUCAAAAUUGUGGUGGCGUCUCAAUUGAUCUUGAUUUACCUAUUAAUCUCCAAGAUAUUGAUAGGGGGUUUGAUGAACUUGAUGGAUAUGAUGCUGAUGGAGACCAUGAUAAACCCAUUGAUGAGUAUGACUAUGAGAAUGGUGAUGAUGAUGAAGUGGAGAUGGAUAGUGAUGAAGAUGAAGAAUUUAGUGAUUUUAAUGAUAAUGAAUAAUAGGUAUGUAUCUUUUGAUGUUGUGAUGGUCUUCUAUUUUUUGCAGAAAGCAUAUUUUGUGUAUUUGAAGCUUUAUACUUGAUUAGUUCAAGAAAACUUAUUUUGUGGUAUUUGAAGCUUUAUACUGAUACUUGAAGCUUGACAAAGAAUAUCAUCUUUAUAGUUCAAGAAAUCAUAUUAUGUUUAUUUGAAGCUUGAUUCUUGUCUGGUUUUUGUUGUUUCAGAUGUCAGGUAGAGGUUCAACAGAGGUGGGAGGACCAUAUCCUCUCGAGGUCAACGCUCAUCUCCAAUUUUUGAAUGUGAAGAUGGAUUAAAUGAGAAGUGUUCCCUCUAGUAGCAACAAUAGUGAUAAUUUGUGGUCCUAUUGUGUUGGUUUUCAGGGU